AUGGAGUGCCUAAUUUGUUUUACUGAUUUGGAUGAAAUCAAUUCCGUUGAAUACAAAACCUCUUCUGAUUCUAAAUGGUUUAAGUCACUUUUUUGUAUUGAUUGUAUUGGAACCUUGAAAAAGACUCAAUAUCAAAGGUAUUGUGACUUAGUGACAAAUACUAAAUGCCUUAAAGAGCAGAAAUCUCUACUAAAAAGAGGACCUCCUAUUAACAUACAUGAUAAGCAUGGUUUCCCAGAGUGUGGAGAAAAUGAGGUCUUUAUGCUUUGUAAGUCAGACAACAGGGAUAUAAUCUCUCCAAAACUUGAUGGAUCUUUGAUGGGAGAAGAAAGAGUCAAAUACUGGGACUACCUUAAACAAUUUAUUUCCAAAGAUCUUCUAGAAAAUGAAAGUUCUAAAGACGAAGAAAAUGAUGAUUCUUAA